AUGUGUGCGUGCGAUCCAACAGGGAAAAAUUCACCCUUAUCCUUUGGUUGUUUGAUUUCGAACGGUUUCUUUUUUUUUUGCAUGGCUUUUUGUCUCUGUUGGUGCGUUUCCUUCAUUUUUCAAGGGUUUCUCGUGCUGUCUUUAACGCAACAAAAAAAAAGAAAAAAAAAGGAAGGAACGUGUGAGUGUACUCACAUCUGUGAGAACGGAAAAAAAAAGGGUGAAAAAGGCAAUAAAAACGUAACACACACACACACACACACAAGCUUUUCAAUGCGCAUUACACGUGGAUUUUACAUGCGACUGUCGCGGGUGCAGCGUCAGGUAACUCUGCCAUCAACAACGAAACUGAACCCGGCCCCUGACCAUUACGUGGCAUGGGGUAAAGCCAUAUUAACAGAGAAUUAUAGACGCGUGGGCCCGGAGCAUAUGUUCCGUACCGCUAUUCGUGCACAGCAGCAACUGCAGGGCCUUGCUGAUAAGUGGACUCCUGACGCAAAGGUGUAUUGCUGUGGCUCUAUGGUUACAUACGGACAGAUGGAAUGGGGAAGUGAUCUGGAUCUUGCUUGCAUGUUCGAUGAUCCUUAUCCUUCUCAUGAGGUUCAAGCAAAGCGAACAGACAAACUAUGGACUGUUAUAAAACGUUAUGUCCCACACUAUCUGCGAAACAAUCUUCUUGGUCUAACAGAGGCCCGCACACCUGUGGUGAAGCUUCGGUUUGCCAACGACGAGAAGGUUGCCCGUGCGCGGUACACACCAUUGAGUGAGGAGGAAGAUCGCAAGGCCCGUACGGCGCUUUUGGAUGUGCGAAAUCAAUGCAUUGAUGAACGUGAGGUGGAGUACAUUGCGGAUAAAAUGGGACGAGAAAACGUAGAGGGCAUUUGGGUAGACCGCACAACGUACGGCUGUCGUAUUGCCAUUCAGUGCUCCUCAAAGGAGCAGAUGAUUGAGGCAAUUGGAUUUUUUCCAGAUGGUAAAAUUAUGACUCGAGGCAUGCGUGAGGACUAUACACGUGACGUGCUUGAUCCACGUUAUGUACCGGAGAUUUUUAUGUAUCGCUGGGAUAUUUCUUUUGUGGGAUAUGGUGUGAAAAACAGUUAUCUAAUUCGUUACUAUUUGCACAACGGUCCUAGUGCCACGCGACACGCGGCGAUGGCUGUGAAAGCAUGGGGUAAAGCCACAAAUGUGGGUGCAGGAUCUGCCGCGAUGCUUACAUCUUACGCUGUUACCAUCAUGUUUCUUUAUUAUUUACUUGUCACGCAGCAAUUACGCUGGGUCGACCCAUGGUCACUCCCGCAUCCGGCGCAUCUCCCGCGAUAUCCCGAUUACUCUCCUCUGCCUGAAUGCGAUCCGACGGAAUUGGGGCGUUUAUUGCACGGCUUCUUUAUUUUUUACGCCCAUCAUUUUGACUAUGAGAAGGAAGUUGUCAGCCUCAGUCGUAAUCGUCGUAGCCAGCGCUCGGAUAUUGGGUGGAUUUUUCCACAGAACAAAAAGGGUACUUUUAGUUAUAACUUCUGCAUCGAGGAUCCAUAUGAGGAUGUGGGGACCGGGGGGCUCAACUUGGGUCGUCAUCUCCAUCCUGCAAAGUUUCAACUUGUAAAGCAGGAAUUCCUGCGAGCGGCGCAGUGCAUGGAGCGAUUUUCUCCAUUGACAGCGCCUGAGAAGUCAGUUCUUGGCGUUCGCCGCGCAGAGUUGCGCCACUUUGAUAGGGGAGAUAAAGAAAGGGAUUGGUGA